AUGACGAAGGCCACGGAAAUAUCGAAAUGUCUUGUGAAUAUCUCAGACGUUAAAAAUCUCGAAGACCGUGAGACAAACUACCUUAACAACGAAGGGGAAUUCUGGAUACAACUGGGAACUGCAGUCACCCCCACCGAUUAUUACACUGAGAUAUUUCUGCAACAAAUGUUCACUGGAGAAAGGAGUCGGUGCUAUAUUCAAACGAAAUCGGGUGUGCAGAUAGAGUUCACUGUAAAAAUGUUAAAAAUCGAAUUCAUUAAUUAUUUAUAUAAACUAACAGUCGCUGAGGUAUAUCAGUUGGCUUUACAAUACAAACAAAAUGGCGUAACCAUGUUCAAAAAAUAUCCAAAAUUCGCACAAGAAUAUUUCUGUCGAGCUGCGAAAUGUUUGAUCUCAUAUCAACCGUUUGAUGUUCUAACGGAGUCGAGCGAACACGUCAAUCCACGUGAUUUGCAAAGCCUAUUUGCAAAUCUUCAAACAAAUAUUGCAGCUUGUUUGGUUAAAGAGGGUCGUUACGAGGACGUUCUUCACGUGACCGAAUUCGUUGAGCAGAACAACGAGCAAGUUUCGGACAAAGCCAUUUAUCGACGGGCAUUGGCCCUAUGCAACUUGAACAAAUACGAAGAAGCAAAGGAAUUGAUAGAAAAAUCGAACUAUGCAGAGAAUAAAGAAUUUUGUGGUUUAUACGAUAGAAUUAAAAAUGAAUGGAGAAGAAGUGAUGAGAGAUAUACUAAUAUGGUUAAGAAAAUGUUUGGUUGA